AAUUAACAAUAUAUAAAGGAAAAGUCCAGGGGCUAGCAAUUUUAUCAAAUUCUGGCCAGCAUAUAACCAUCAAAGAAGAGUGAGCCAUUUGAUGAAAUCUCACACCAUUAAAAGCCUCAUUGAUAGCUAUUUGAUGGCUAUAAAUCCCAAAAGUUGCUGGUCCGCUAAUAUUCCUCAUAUAUAAAAUGAGACCAAGCUGGCCAAUGGUAUUGUUAUUAACAAGAACACCUUGACUGGGGAUGAGGGAAGUUCACUAAUUCAACCAUCAUUAGAGUUCUGGAUCUCGUGUCUUCUCUCUGUAUUCAGCCAGUUUUUUCUUGACGAGAACCAUUGGCAAGGCACAAUGGCUUCAUCUACAAACGUAGUUAGCAAUACCAUCACUAAAAUCACAGAGAGAUUUAACACCGUACGUGUUUCCUAUCAUGAAAUCAUGACCAUUAUUGAUAAUAUCAAACGCUAUCUCUCAACCAUCAAUGGUGUGACGGGUAAAUGCCAUGGUGAUGAUGCCUCUCUACACAUACAUAGACAUGAUUGGAUAACCGAUAUCAUGGAUGUGCUCACCAAUUUGUGGGAGUUGUUGACAAAUACUACUUCUCUGCAUCCAAAACAGGGUACCAUUGCUACAUCAUUUUUCUCCUGCUUCUUUAGCCGUACACCUCGUGGUCUAGUUCUCCAGCUCGAACAAAUCGAGAAGAGCCUAGAAUACCUUGCGGCUGAUUCUACCAAGCUUUCUCUGAAAGACAGAACCAAGUUAAGCAGAUCGGAGGCGAGGGGAAAUGAAACGAAGGUUCAAGGGAGAAGAGAGGAUAAGGAAGUUAUAAUAGGGUAGAUUUUGAUUUCCACGAAAGUGAACGGUAUUGUUUCCGUGGCUGCUAUUGUAGGGAUGCAGGGGAUGGGAAAGACAACACUCGCCAAGUUUGUUUGUGAUGAUGACAGGGUGAAAGAUAACUUCGUGGUGAUUUGGGUUGAUGCUGGUAUACAUGGUGAGUUCUAUGCUGAUUCCGUCAAGAAAAGUAUGAUUCAGGAACUGGACCCAGAAAAGGAGACUGUUGCAAUUGAUGAAAAUCUUGAUCUUGGAGCAGUGAUUCAUGGAAGAAGAUUCUUUCUUGUGAUGGAUGAUUUACGGAGCGAGAACCGUGAGGAAUGGGUGAAGUUGUAUGAGAUGCUAAAGAAGGGAGCUACUUCAUCUGGUGGUGCUGUUCUUGUAACUACUCGGAAUUCUCAUGUAGCCAAUGUUGUUGACCCAAAUGCUUGGAGACUAUUUAGGCUAAGGAAAGAAGACUCCUUGUCUCUAUUUGAGAAUCUUGCUGGAGGAAACUCGAGUGAAUCCAAAAUUAGAGGAGUUCAUCAAAAGUUGGAAAAGAAAUGCAAAGGAGUCCCUUUGGCAUUAGUAACAAUGGCGAGAUUGUUAAAGUCAAAACCAAUUGCUGAAUUAAAACAAGACCAUUUGGAGGAGGAGUUCAUGCAGGAGAUGAAGUCUAUAUACUUCAACGACCUCCCCUCGUUGCAUCAAAAGCAGUGCUUUGCUUAUCUGUCAUUAGUAUUCCCUACUCAAUUUGUUUCGGUUAAAGCGGAGACAUUAAUUCAGCUUUGGAUGGCAGAGGGAUUUCUAGGGCAUGUAAAUUUGAAUUCUCCUUCUCCUCAACAUUCACAGCCAGAAGAUUUGGGCCUUGACUGCAUACAAGAAUUUUCCCGUACCUCAUUUCUAGUUCUUCACGACUCCAAAAUCAUGACUUACAAGAUGGGUAACGAACUGAUCUGGGAGUUAUCAAGAUUUGUGGCUACCAAGGACCGAUUCUGCUUCUGCGUGGAUAAUCGCGUUGAAACCAUUAAGAACACAGUUAGUAGAGUGGCAUUAUCUCCUAGCUUAAACGUUACUUAUGGGAUUCCGAAAUUCCUCAUUAACAGCAACAAAACCUUGCAUACUCUUCUCUUCCCCAUGCCUUACUCAUACGAUUGGUCUUCAAGAAUUCCAUAUGAGGUGAAGUUAAGUUGGUCUGCAUGUCAUGAACUCUUUUGUGCAUUCAAGUGUCUGCGGGUACUGAACCUAACAGAUCUAGGAAUGAAGAAUUUACCAGAUUCAAUUGGAGAGUUAAAGAGCUUAAGGUACCUUGAUUUGUCCCACAACAACAUGAAGAAACUUCCCAAAUCCAUUGGUAAAUUGAAGCAUUUACAGACAUUGAUAUUGUCUCAUUGUCACCAGCUUCGAAAGCUGCCAAAUGAGUUUCAGCACCUGGUGAAUCUCAGGCAUCUUGUGAUGGACGAGUGUCUUCAGCUGGAACACGUGCCGUUAGCUUUGAAGAAGCUAACAAGCCUUCUUACAUUGUCGCAUUUCACAGUUAGCACACGAAACAACAAGAGCAAACAGAUUCUAGGUUUUCGGGAGCUUGUUAAUCUGAAAAACUUGAGCGGUGAACUGGAAAUUUCACACUUGGAGCAACUGAAACUCAAGAAAUCAGAACAGGGGCUUGCCUUUUUAAAAGAGAAACAACAUCUGAAGCACCUCACUCUGAAAUGGAAUCAUGAUGACAAUGACAAUCACAACAAUCAUGAUGAGAAUGAUGAAACAUCAUUGGGACAUCUUGAGCCACAUGUAAAUCUUCAAGGACUAGACAUUGUGGGUUAUAAAGGUGCAAAGUUUUCAGAUUGGCUUCUAUCGCUUGAGAAUCUUGUCACCUUCAGUUUGUACAACUGCUCUUGGUGUAAAUCUCUCCCUCCUUUAGAUAGUUUCCCUAAGCUGAAAUCUCUCCGGCUCGAAAGAUUGGAUUCUCUGGAAUACAUAAACGCUAGCCAGCACGAGCUGCGGUUGGAACUCCUACAAGAGCUGUCAAUAGCGGAUUGCCCCGAGCUCAAGAGUUGGUGGCAGGAGGGAACCGAAGACACCACUGCUAUCUUUCCCUCCAUAUCAAAUUUGAAGAUCCGAUAUUGUCCCAAAUUGGAAUGCAUGCCACUGUAUCCGAAUCUUGAUGGAAACCUUCUGUUGGAAGGCUCCAGCAUGAAACCACUGAUGCAUACCAUAGAUUACAGCAGUAGCAAUAUGUCAUCAUCAUCUUCUUCUCUUCCGCCACUCUACAAAGUGCAGCGUUUAACAAUCACAAACGUGGAGGGGAAGGAACAAUCCCCGCUACCGGACAACUGGCUGGAAAGGUUCAUAUCUAUCCACUUUCUUUGUAUCAGCGAGAAUCUGCAGCGAAUGAGAGGAUUUAGGCACUUGACAUCGCUUAGCACAAUGAUAGUUACAAAAUGCAGCAGAGAUGAUUUACCCCAUGAUAAGCAAUGGCAGGGUCUGCAGAGUCUUCGACGGCUAGAGUUACAAGAAGUGGAUAAACUGAAGCAUUUUCCGGAAGGAGUGAAACACCUUACAUCUCUGACAAAGCUAAGCAUCUUGAGUUGUACCGAGUUGACAAGUCUAGGAGAAGGAAUAGGCGAACUCAAAUCCCUAGAGAUCCUUUGGAUUAAGGAUUGCCCCAAGUUAGGUUCCCUUCUUGGAAUAAGCAAACUGGAGUCUUUGAAGGAGUUGAGCAUUACGGAUUGUCGCUUGUUGUUGCCGAGGUGCCAGAGAGAAACCGGGGAUGACUGGCCACAGAUUAAGCAUAUUAGACGUAUCCGAUUGGCAGGUGCUUCUGAAAUCUAUGAAUGAUUAUAUCAAUCACAACACUGUCUUUUGUCUUUCAUUUCAUGAACUAAGCAAAGGGAAUUGGUGUGCUACUGCUAUCUCAUGUUACACUGUUACUUCUAUCGGGGUUUACUUGAUUGAUUCUUAGAAGUUAGGAUUAUAAGCUUAGAUACCCGUUUUUAUAUAUUGCAUGUACGGUUGGAAGUGAGCCGAGUUAAGUAGAAUUAGACUAAAUUCAAAUUCGACUUACAAAAAUUAAGUUUGGUUCAUGGUUUGGCUUAUUAAUAAUCAAGUCUAUUUCGUAA